AUGGACAAAGCAGCUGAACUCACGUGGCAGCUGGAGGAUUCACCCGGCAAAGCGGGACAGCAAGAGCAAAGCCCUGAUGAUGGAGACAAAGCAGUAGUGCCAGGACAGGCUGCACACAGCAAGGACGAGCCACCCCAGAGCCAUACCCUCCAGUGGGAGACUCUAGGCAGACAGUUUGUAGAGUAUGAGCAGGUGGCUCCAUUUCUCAUCCCAGAGGAGCAACAGAGAAGGCUGCUGGACUUUCUUCCCCUCUUCUUAAAGGCCUGGGAACAGUCUGCUGGAGUAAUCGUAUUCCCCAACAUUCAGCUGUUAGCCAGUGAGGUUUCCAAGCUUCUGACGAAAGAAAUUAAGAGGAACCUCAAUGGCAAACCUGCAGAAGAAGCUCGUCUGGCGUUGGAGCAAUUGCUACAACAGAAAGGGGAAGCAGAAGAUGGCCGUUUGCUGCUCAAAUCGGUGUAUCUGCUCUCUCAGACUGACUUGAGAACUAUGUGGAACAUCAUUGGAUCUGGCCUUCCAGCUGCUCUGAUGCAGUGCCUGUACCUUUUCUUUACUUUUCCUCUGAAGAAAACCAGUGAUGAUGGAGAGACAAGUGAGGAUGACACUCAAACUCAGGAAAUGCUUGUUAAGAUAAUGCUUAACAUGUACAGAGAGGAACAAGGUGUAGAGGAACUUCUGGCAGCUGAUAAGCUUCAGUCAUUAAUUAUAGCAACUGCUUCCCUCUGGGACCAAUGUAGCCACUCGUGGAAAGUACCUACAGGCCGUGUGCUGAGAACAAUUUCAAAGGCUCAGACCAAAAACAGCAUUGUGUACCUACAAGCUGUGGACUGCAUUAAAAUAGCUAUUCAGAAUCUCUUUAAACUGGCUGAUACCCUACCUGCUUGUGAUGUGUGUGAAGCUGCUAGUAUUGUCUUGUGCUUUGUGAAAGAUUCCUAUCCCAUAUCAUCAGCUUUAUUAACAGAGUUUGAAAAUAAUGAUGGCUACCAACUCCUGCUAAAAAUUUUACUCAGAUGUGAGGGGUUGCAGCAAAAUGAAGGAGACCCCUAUCUGGAUGAGAUCUUGGACAUGCUGACUUGCCUUACAACCUGUGGAAAAACUGAACUGAAAGUUUCUGGCAAUAUUGUACAUCCGCAAUUACCACACUUUGAUUUUGAACAGACACGGUCUUCAGGAAUGACAGUGAAAAACCUCCAGGCUUUUCAGGUGUUGCAGUCCAUUUUCCAGAAAAGUAAUGAUCAGCACCUAUGCGGAAGAAUCUUGGCAGCAAUUGGUACCAUAUGGGCCUGGGACACAGUGAACUUCUUUCUUCUGGAAUGGACACUACAACCUAUCAACCAGUUUACUGACAUUAUCCAUUUCAAACCACACCCAGUUCAAGUCCAGUUCUUCAGACUUGUGGAGUCCAUAGUGCUAGACCUGUCCUAUGUCCCCCAUGAAAUUUUGAAGAAGGUUCAGUAUUUGAUAAAGGAAAACGUAGUGCCAUUCUGCACCUUGACAGCUCUCCGGUGCCUUCUCAGCAUGACCAGGAAGGACCUGUUAUUCAGUGACAUAUUCCGUGACUCUGGGCUCUUAGGCCUACUGCUGGCACUUUUGAGGAAGCAAGCCAAGAUCCUGAGGAAGUCAGGUACAACUUAGUCUGGAACCCAUCCGCCUGGCCUGGAAGAAGGCACUGAGAAGGAAUUAAAUGCUGUGAUGCUGAAGAUGGUGGCUGCCCUUACAGUGGGGUCUGUGAGGAACACUGUUGUUCUGAAGGAUUAUGGAAUGGUGCCAUAUAUCAAGAUAUUUUUGGAUGAUGAGUGCUACAGGAGUGCUACUCUCAGCAUCUUGGAGCAGCUAUCGGUCAUCAACUAUGAAGAAUAUAUGAGCAUUAUUAUUGGGGCCCUCUGUUCUUCUACUCAAGGGGAGCUACAUCUGAAACUAGAUCUGCUGAAGUCACUCCUGAGGAUACUGGAGAGUCCCAAGAGCCAUUCAGCUUUCAGAACCUGCAGUGGAUUCAAUGGACUCCUGUCCCUUCUCUCAGACAUGGAAGGUGCAUUGCAGGACCCUCCAUCUGGACUGUGGACAGCAGUUGGACAAAAUUGCAUAUUGGAGCUUGUUUUCUACACGCUUCAGGGGAUAACAGCAGCCCUGCACCUGGACCCUGCCAACAGCAACUUCUUCCAGAGGCAUGGUCUCUUUGAAAAGAUGGCAGAGGAUCUUGGGUCACUUGGAUGCUUCUGGACACAAGGAGAACGGCAAAUCCCUUUGAGCCUUGAGAAGACAAGGACAUUUGCAGAAUUCUUGGAUGCAGCUUUCUGCUCUUCAGAACCUUUUCCAAUGUGGCUAAAGAACUGCAUAUGGAUUCUGAAUUUUCUUGAUCACAUGAUCAAAGGAACCCUCCAUCUGGAGAGCUACUUCAAGGAGAGAAAGCCAGAGAUGGGGGAGGUAUCAAGAGAUGAUCAGGAGGGACCCCAAGCUCAAGAAGAGUAUCCUGUUGCUUUCAAAAGACCAGGCAACAAACUACCUGCCUCUGCCUAUAGGCUGUGGGGAAAUCCUGAAGAGAAGUGGGAAAUGGGAGACUGCGCCAUUGUACAUCCAGGUGCUGUCUGUGUUAUGGUGAGGUUGCUGCCAAAGCUGUACAAAGAGGGACACUCUCAGCUUUCACAGGAAAUCCAAUGUGCUGUGGUUGAUCAUAUCCAGUCCCUGGUGAAGUCAGAGAAGAGCCGCCAGGUGAUGUGUGGAUCUGGCUUGCUGAGCACCAUCAUAACUUCCUGUCAGGAUGCCUUCCGCAAUGAAAGCCAUCCACUGCAUCUGCCCCUCACUAGAGUGUUUGAGAAGCUUGCAUCACAGGCUAUUGAGCCAGAUGUGUUAAGUCAUUCUUCAGAUCUUCUGCCGUGUGUUGGUUGUAACCAUUCUGUUAUGGCAGAAUUGAAUGGUUCAGAAGAGGACAUGGUGGACAAUAAAACUGAUCUUCAGACAGUUGUGCCUGUCAGCAGCUCUCCCUGGGCGUCUAAGGGAUCUGCAUUGGCACUGCAGACUGCAAUGAGUCUCAUCUCCAUGACAUCACCUCGAAACUUCCAGCUCCGCAGCACUGCUUUGGCUCCAUCGUUUGUGGAGUUUGACAUGUCCAUGGAAGGAUAUGGGUGUUUAUACCUCCCUACCUUGGCCACUGUCAUGGGACCGAGUGCAGAGCAAUCUGUCUCAGGAGGAAUUGGCAUGGGCACCAGAAUGUUCCCUCCCUCAAGCGGCCUGACUCUCUCCUGCUGGUUUCUCGUUAGCAAGUUUGGUUUGGUGCACAACAGUCACCCACUCCGUUUCUUCACAGUUGUGAGGCACAUGUCAAGAACAGAGCAAGAAUUUGUUUGCUUUUCAGUAAGUUUCGUCCCGCAGGACCGUUCUUUGGUCAUUUCCACAGAAGAAGUGGAAUUCCAGCCGCUCGAUAUCAUGGAACCUGAGGGUGAGGUCCUAAAUCCCUCCCCGUUUCCAGGGCAAGUCCAGUUUGGCUGUGGCAAGCUGCUGGUCACUGGCCAGUGGCAUCAUCUCACAGUGACAGUUGCUAAGGAAGCAAAGAAGAACUGCGUUGUGUCAGCUUAUAUAAAUGGUCAGAUGCUUGGCUCUGCAAAGAUGCAGUAUCUCCAGCCCUUACCAGGUAGCUGUAUGUCCAUGGAACCCUCUUCCUUUAUUGAUGUCUAUGGGUACAUAGCUACUCCUCGAAUUUGGAAACAGAAGUCCUCCUUGACCUGGCGCCUUGGCCCUACAUACUUGUUUGAAGAAGCCAUAUCUGUGGAAACCGUGGAGAUGAUUAAUAAGCUUGGUCCACAGUACUGUAGCAAUUUCCAAGCAGUACAGCUUCAAGGUGAGGACCAGCACAGUGAUCAUAAUCCUACACCUCUGGUGGCAGAAGAGAAGAUUUCUUUUGGAAUCAAUGCCACGUGCUCAUCUCUCACUACGGUCCAAGAUAUAAAGAGCUCCUACAAUGAAGUGGAUGGCCGGCUGAUUGCCAAAGAGAUUGGGAUUAACUCUCGGGACAGUUCAACUCCAGUAUUUCUGGCUAAGAAUACUGCUGGACACCUCUCCGGUUCCUUGCGGGCUAUUGGGUCAGUUGCUGUGGGCCAAUAUGGGGUCAGAGUGUUCCGGUCCUGUCCAGCAGCUACUAGCCUGAACUUCAUUGGAGGCCCUGCCAUUCUCCUGGGUCUCAUUGCUAUGGCCCGUGAUGACCACACCAUGUAUGCAGCUGUCAAAGUCCUGAACUCCAUCCUGAACAGUAGCCCAAUGAGUGAAAAAUUGAUGAGGCACAUGGGUGGAUACCAGUUGUUGACCUAUCUACUGAAGAGGAAGACACAGCUGUUAAACAACAGGAUUUUACAGUUAAUGUUCUCCCUAGUGGGUACAGCUGAGCUUGGCUUUGAGUCUUCGGUCAUCAAGAAUUACAGUGCAUUCCAGUACGUUCUCUGCAACUUCGAGCUUUGGAUGAAAGCACCAGAAAAUCUUGACCUUGCUCUUUUUUCACAUCUUGUGGAGAUCUUGCAGUCCUCCAGAGAUGGAUGUCAAAAUGCUGCAGUUGCCUACCAGGUGCAAAUGGUGCCCAAGCUCAUUUUCCUCUUCAAUGAUCCUGAAAUCAGUAACUCCAGGAUCACUGUGGCCUGCACUAUUCUCUCCCAUCUGUUGCAAGGAUACUUUAACACAAGGGAUGUUCUCAGGAUUGGAUUGUUCCUUGUUUACACUUUGAAACCUUCUUCUGUGGAUGAAAAUCAGAUUUGCCUGGAUGGUGUGGCUGAGAUGCCCCAUGAAGCCUUAAGCCAAACAUCUGGAAAGACAAUCUGGCUUCGAAACCAGUUACUGAAGAUGCUGUUAGAUGUAAUGCGCUCAGACAAACUUCAUCUGUCCUCUGAGGAACAAGAAGAGACAUUUUUGGCACUGGGGCCAGACUGGUUUCUGCUGUUCACACAGAGCUACCUGCACUCUAGCACGGUUGUGCUAGGAAUCAAGCUACUUCUGUGCUUCCUCCACAAUCGUUUGCUGCUGAACAAAUUCAAGGAGGGAACAGUGGCUGGACGCUGGCUGGAAAACAGCUCUGUGGGGUUGAGUAUUCUAACGGAUAAUUUAAAAACUCAUCCUCCAGUGCGUGACAAUGGCUCCUUCUUGAUUUUUGGGUUUUCUGUGUUGCAAAGAUGUCUGACUGAUCAUGUCCACAUCCCUGAGAUCUACUUGCUUGUGGCAGGGCUCUUUCUGGCAACUCCACAGUCUGAACCACCUGAAGCAGCCAAGAAAGAUCUUGAGUCUAUGUUGCAGUGGAUCUUGCAGCACCACCUUACGGAGAAUGUCCUCAAAAUUGGGUUGUGUGCAGAGGCAGCUGCUUUACUGCUGGAAAUGGUUAGAGUCACUGUGGACAAGCCUAUUGCAGAUGCAGAAGCCUCCUGGGAGAUUGCCUAUCCAGGGAACAUUAUCCAGUUUCUGUGCUUGAUCUAUCACAGUUAUACUCAGGACCCUGUGUGGCACUGUCCUGACUUCUUGAAAACUUUGGCUAUGGUUGCUUUCCAUUCUGGACUGCCCAAGGGAGGCUCUGAAGGCCUUUUGUCUCCUGAUGGUCCAGCUAUUGCUGAAGGGAAAGGCUGUGUUGAUCCCUCCUCUCUCCCGCUCCUACCACACCCUGCCAAGAAACAAGUGUGGGAUUUUGCUUCUCCAGAGGAUGCCACCAGUGAGCAGAAGAGACAUUUUCAGACAAAAGUUUUACUCUCUGCUAUGGAUGUAUUCCAUGUUACCAGCCAAGGCGAGGGGAAAACAAGACCAAGAGGGAGCAGUGAUCCUCACGGCACUUCAGAAUCAACUGCACCUAUAUCCAUGAUGAAUAUUGCUUAUUGUGCUCAGAAGCUGGUUGAGAAGCUGAACAGCAGAAUGUUUGCUGCUGACCCCAAGCAAAUCCUGCUCUUCACUGCCAAACAGAUUAUGGGGGUCUUAGAAAGCUCCGUUUCUCACAAGGAAGUUUUCCUCAGUGCCCUAUACAGCUGUCUAAACAGAGCCAUCCUAUACUGCCUAUCCAGACCACAACAAUCGCUGCCUGAACAGUUUAAUGUCCUGAACACUCUCAAUGUCCUGCAGGAGCAGUGGGACAUUAUUUUUGCAACUUACAACUCAAAUAAUAAUUUCGUCGUCUGCCUAAUGUACUGCCUUUGCCAGCUGAAUUCGGGCAGCUAUCCAGAAGGUUUUGGGGUGGAUGCAAAACCAAAGCUGGCUUCGUAUCACCAAAUUUUCCUUGCACCCAGUGAAGAGGAAAAGGGCAGCCUGCCUACUCCAGAUGAUGUCCAUCAGGAGAUUCUGAGAACAGUAGAAAUCACCUGGAAGCAGCUUAUUUCUCAGAGGCGGCAGGCUCUGGAGGACACUUACAAGAUGGAUCUUUCUGUGAAAGGAAAUGACAAAGAAAGGGACAUGAAGAUAACGGACGUCACUCCUUUAUGGGAAGAAAUCAUGACAAAAGCUUGGCAACACUUGAUAGCAUCUGAAAAGAAGAUUCUCCAGAAUAAAGCAGGGCCAGGCCUGCCAUGGAGCAAGCACAAUUCCUGGAGCGAAAGCCUGUCUUCAGCUAUUAGAUUGAUGCCUGGCCGAAACACAAAGGAAAUGACAUGCAAAUCUGAGGGAUUUGUGUCAUGUAUGGAACGGUACCGAAGAAUUGGGCAGGAGCUGUACGCCUCUUUGUACAAGAACCACAUACAGAUGCUGCAGUGUGGUUACAGCAAAGCAGCCAAGGACUGGAUGAUACUUGAGGAGCAACUUUUCUACAGAAGGGGUCCGUUGGGAGAUGCAUCACGAUCUUUAGAGUCACGAUGGAUUCUUGAUUGUUAUGAAGGGCCUUCACGAAUGAGGAGGAGGAUUCAGCAUGCAAACACCCGAGUGACAAUGAUGCGAAUGAAGAGCGAGUCAUACCUAGUCUCUUUUCAGGUUCUCCUAGCAAACAGAAAUGAAACAACCCCCACUGCUGAAGUGAAUCCAGGAGAGCUGACGUUAAAUGGAGCAGAAAGGGAGAUGGAUAAGAAGGGAUCGGAUUGUAACCAGCUAACUUUCUUCCCUGCUCUACAUGAAAGUUUCCAUUCAGAAGACUUCUUGGAACUGUGUGUGGAGAGACAAAUUAUAUUGCAGGAGUUUGCAGAGAGUGAAAAGGUCACAUUCAAGUGCUCUGUGGCAGUCGUGCAGGGGCAUACAGCAUUGGAAGGAGUGCUUCUCUUUGGCAAAGAGCACUUUUACAUCUGCGAGUGCUUUGUGUUAUCCACUCUAGAAGAAGUCUACUGUACACGUCACUGCUUGUCCAGCAUCAGUGAUCCAUUUAUUUUCAACUUAUGUCAUAAAGAUCAUGCUGUGGGAGACCAGAUGUGUUCCCGUUAUUCAUAUCAUGAUAUAAAAGAGAUACAUCUGAUGCGCUUUCUUCUGCAGGAGAUCGCCUUGGAAAUAUUCUUCAAAAAUGGUUACUCCAGAUUUCUUGUCUUCCAUGACAGUGACCGAAAUAAGAUAUUUAAGAGAUUUUGCUCUUUCCAACCUGCUUUGAAGUCGAAGGGGAUAACAGAAGAGUCCCUGAAUAUAAGGAAACACUCAGGAGGGGAAAAGACAAUGCUCCAGAAGUGGCAGAAGAGGGAGAUCAGCAACUUUGAUUACCUCAUGUACCUGAACACAUUGGCUGGCCGCAGCUACAAUGAUUACAUGCAGUAUCCUGUGUUUCCAUGGGUCCUCGCUGACUAUCAUUCCAAGACUCUAAACCUUACUAAUCCUCAUACCUUCCGGGACCUGUCAAAGCCCAUGGGAGCACAGACUGUGGAGAGGAAACGCAAAUUCAUCCAGCGCUACAAUGAGGUGGAGAAGAGUGAGGGAGACCUGUCAGCCCAGUGCCAUUACUGUACUCACUAUUCGUCAGCAAUUAUAGUGGCAUCUUACCUGGUCCGAAUGGAGCCAUUUACUCAGACCUUCUGUUCUCUGCAGGGUGGGAGUUUUGAUGUUGCAGACAGGAUGUUUCACAGUGUCAAGAGCACGUGGGAAUCAGCAUCAAGGGACAACAUGAGUGAUGUCAGGGAACUCAUCCCUGAGUUCUUCUACUUGCCAGAGUUCCUAACCAAUGCGAAUCACUUUGAACUUGGCUGCAUGCAGGAUGGAACAGUCCUGGGAGAUGUGCAGCUUCCUCCUUGGGCAGAUGGGGAUCCCCAUAAAUUCAUUCUCCUGCACAGACAGGCACUGGAAAGUGACUAUGUCAGUGCACACCUCCAUCGCUGGAUAGAUCUGAUUUUUGGCCACAAGCAACAUGGCUCAGCUGCGGUGGAGGCAGUUAACACCUAUCACCCUUACUUCUAUGGAGACAAGAUGGACCUCAACAACAUUAAAGAUCCUCUGAUUAAGAGCACCAUCCUGGGUUUCAUCAGCAACUUUGGACAGAUACCAAAGCAGCUCUUCACAAAACCACACCAUCCAGGAUGGAAUGCCCAAGGGAAAAGUUCAUCAGGAAGAGAGACUGUGCUGUCCCUUCACUCAGGUGGAAUUCUUCCUCCCUUUUUGAGCAGCCUGCAAAAUCUGAAGCUCUCACCAGUUACAAUAAAAGAAUUAAAUAUGUUCUCUGUCUUGUCAGACUAUCCCAAAGGAGCUAUUGGGCACAUUGUUCAUACUGAGAAAGGCAUUCUGGCUGUCGAAAAAAAUAAAGUUUUGAUUCCUCCUCUUUGGAGCAAAACAUUCUGCUGGGGAUUUGAAGACUUCACCUGCUGCUUUGGCAGCUAUGGGUCUGAGAAGAACGUGACUACAUUCGAGUGCAUGGCAGACUGGGGAAAGUGCCUCUGCGCUGUGUGUCCUUCGGCAACUACCAUAAUCACAUCUGGAACAAGCUCAGUUGUGUGUGUCUGGGAACUUUCCUUGGUCAAGGACAAAGUGAAAUGUCUAAACUUGAGACAGACUUUGUAUGGGCACACUCAGGCAGUGACCUGCCUUGCUGCAUCUGUGACCUACAGCAUCUUCGUGAGUGGAUCCGAUGACAGAACCUGCAUCAUUUGGGACCUGAACCAGCUGACGUACAUAAACCAGCUUCCUGCCCACAAGGCAAGCCUCUGUUCUGUUGCCAUCAACAAUUCAACAGGUGCUAUUAUCUCUUGUGCUGGAUCUUACCUAUAUCUGUGGACAGUCAAUGGCCAGCUUCUUGCAAGCAUUAACACCACCUGCAGCCCCGAAAGCCGUAUUGUUUGCUGCUGCUUUGCUGAAGUGAUGGACUGGGACACACGCAGCAUCAUCAUCACAGGAAGCACAGAUGGAGUGGUGAGGCUGUGGAAGACUGAAUACACCAAUACCCCAGGCCAAGCUGAUGGACUGAGACCGCAGGGAGGUGCAAUGGAAGAGCCAGGCAACACGGGUAACAAGUGUGGAAAACAUCUUGUCCUCUGUCGGGAACUGAAUCCCAGCCUUGCCUCGACUGGAAAACCAAGUAAGACCAGCCCAGCGGUGACAGCGCUGGCGGUAUCCAGAAAUUCCUCCAAGCUCCUAGUCGGUGAUGACUGGGGAAGAGUCUGCUGCUGGUCUGUGGAUGGGUAGGAAGAAAUAGCCAAGAACUCUUGUUUUUUCAGCCUUUUGGAUGGAG